UGACCCGGCGCAGCGGCGAGGAGCACAACAGUCCUCUCUAACAAAUGAAAGGAUGGGGGGCAACAGCGGCAGCAGCAGCUGAGUUCAGUCAAACUGGAUCGGGGGCCGAGGGGGCACAGCAACUUUCUUCUCACUCCUGGGUGACUUUUCUUGGAUUUAUUUCCCGCUCCACAACAAUAUGCCAUUUGCCAAAAGAAUAGUGGAACCCCAGUUACUGUGCAGGUAUCAAGUCCCAAACGAGGAGAGUCUGGUUUUCGAGGAUCUGGUCUCCAUCAAUAAUGUGGCUCUAUCUCGGACCUUGCGGCAGCUGUCGGACCUGGCCAAACAUGCCUACUCCAUAUUCCAGGAGCUGGAAAACGAGCUCACAACCACCAACCAGCGGGUCCGGGGGCUACAGGGCAGGAUCGGCCAACUUCAGCAGACCUGCUCCGAGCUGGACCCCAAACAGGAGGCAGUGCCGGUAUCUAACCUGGAUGUGGAGAGUAAGCUGACAGCACAUUACCAAGCUCCCUGGCAUCAGCAGAGGAACGUUUUCCAUCCCUCUACACGGCCAGAAUGUGUGGAAGAGCUCCACAGGCAAGCCAAAACCAGCCUGUGGGCCCUGCACCGAGAUCACCAGAGGAGACGAUCGGGCAGCAGGGAGCGGAGAGUUACCAUCGCAAUCUCGCCGGUGCCCCCAAUGCCCAUGUAUCCCUCCCCUCAGAGGGGAACAAAUUUAACAACGUUCGAAUCCACCCGCUCCUCCUCCCCUACCGAAUGUUGCCACUUCUCUCCCUGGAGCAGAAAGGCUGCGCCCUCUGACCCCGACUCUGACGGGGUGGCUCUAGGUCACCGGUCUAAGUUUCCCAUCCCUAACAUCCCCUCCACCCUGGACAAGCAGACUAACUGGUCUAAAGCUCUGCCGCUGCCCACUCCAGAAGAGAGAAUGAAAAGCAAUUCCCAAGUCAUCACCUCAUGUGUCAUCCCCAUUAAUGUGACCGGGGUUGGCUUUGACAGAGAUGCUAGUGUGCGUUGCUCGCUCGUUCACUCGCAGUCUUUGCUUCAGAGGAGACGGAAGCUGAGGAGACGGAGGACUGUUGCCGGCGUUCCGAGACAGGUGCAGCGAGACUUAGAUUCUGAUGACUCUCCUGGCUCCAGAGAGCGGACAGUGAUAGUUCACGCCAGUGCAGAUAUCACCCCUUCCAGCCAGGAGUUUGCCAGCCAUCUCAACACCAGAGACUCCGGUUGUCAGACAGAAGACUUUUUGAUCUCAGGAGCACCAUCUCGAAGGAGGAUCAGGCUCCAGAGAGGCCCAGGAGUCUCCCUCUCCCUCUCACAUUCUGCAGGAAACAUCUCCUCCCUCCCUGAGACCUCGGACACCAUGUUCAGUGCCUCCAUUGGAGCACACCUGCGUUCUCGGAGUCUGCCCCGAGACACCAGCCGGAUGUUGGACAACGGACAUAACGACAGCGACGAUGAGGAGGACCUUUCCCCCUUCGACACUGAGGGGUUUCUGACUGGAUCCAGGAAGUUGACUCUGAAGGAUGAAGAGGAGAGUACUGAUGACCAGGCCAUGUCUGAACACCAGCUAGGAAGCCUUAAGUACAAGCAGCUGUCACAGAGUCCGGAGCGCAGCUGGAUGGAACGGACCAGAUCUCACCUGCCUAGAAAAGCUGACAUGGGCAGCUGUGAGAUCUCAUCUAGCUCGGACACCUUCAGUAGCCCUAUGCACUCCGUCUCUGCUGCAGCAGUGCUGGGAGGCCAGAUAGACCAUAAGGAGGACCACCAGUCCUCCAGUGGGAACUGGAGCGGGAGCAGUUCCACAUGCCCCUCCCAGACAUCAGAAACAAUCCCUCCUGCCGCAUCUCCACCUCUGACCGGCUCCUCCCACUGUGACUCCGAGCUCUCUUUAAACGCUGCCACUCACACUAAUGAUGACCAGACAGGCUUCUUGCUGGACCACUAUCAGGGCCUCAGGACCCAAAGAGCAGGCUCCUUCUCCUCCACAGCUAUGGACAUAUUAGAAGAAGUAGGUGUCAGCACUCCCAUCGAGGGGGAGUGGAGUUACCCCAAUCCAGAGCCUCCGGGGUCACAGGGCUUCAGCCCCGAGCCAAGCAGAGAGGCUGAGAGCAGUCUGGGCUGCCCCAGUUUCACCAGUAUGGCUACCUGUGAGAGCAGCUUCUCCGACAAACCACCGUCAGAGAAAGCAGACACCGUCUCACACUACUCUGUGGACAAUGAAGGUUACUACACCUCCAUGCACUUUGACUGCGGCCUGAAAGGUAGCCGAAGCUUCACUUAUAAUAACUAUGCACCCUCAGGCACUGACUGUGGCCUGUCAGAUUCAAGUGGUCACAUGACACUGGGAAGACGCUGCCUCUCCUUAAAAAAACCAAAGGUGAAGCCAUCGCCACCUAAGAGGAGCUCCUCCUUAAGGAAAAUAUGCAGUGAGGGGAACAUCCCUAUUAAGAAAGAACCAAAGAUUACAUGUGGGCAGCAACUUCCUCUGUCUGCAAAGGAGAGGAAACUGCAGCUGGCUUUGUCUGGCUCUCUGGCUCACACUGAAAACUCCUCACUGGUCAGAGAAACCCGGGUAGGCUGGGGGGUUGAGGGCUCAGCUGAUCUACCCGACUUAGUCUCCACAGAUACACAUUCAUUUAAGGAUGAGGGGGUUUUGCAGUCAGACUAUGCAGAUCUGUGGCUCCUGAAUGAUUUGAAAUCCACCGAUCCUUACCGAUCGUUGUCAAACUCCAGCACAGCUACGGGUACGACGGUUAUUGAAUGCAUCAAGUCACAGGAUAGCUCAGAGUCGCAGACGUCCCAGUCUGGCUCCAGAGCUACCACCCCUUCACUUCCAUCAGUCGAGGGAGAUUUCAAGCUCACAUCCCCAGAGAAGCUGGCAGGCCUGGCAAGCCCAUCCAGUGGCUACUCCAGUCAAUCAGAAACACCCACCUCCUCAUUUCCCUCUACCUUUUUCCCUGGGCCACUGUCUCCAUCAAGUGGUAAAAGGAAGCCCAAAGUCCCAGAGAGGAAGUCCUCUCUCUCAUCACUGUCACUUCAGUCACUGUCCUCCAGGGAUGGCGCAACCUCAAAGAGGGAUCUGGAGCUGCCAAUUAUCCCUCCCUCUCAUCUCGACUUAAGUGCCCUUCAAAGCGUCAACAACAAGGCGACAGCUUACAAGACCCAGAUGCAAAUCCUUCACCAAAACAAACAAAAACCAGCAGUGUCAGCCAAGCCUAUAGUACCUCACAACCCAGAGGUAUUCAACGCCCAUUGCCUGUCCAUUACACCCACGGUGCUGAACUCAGUACACCUCCGAUCGAUCAGUAAGGAGCAGCACGAAAAUCACACAGCUUCCAAAUUCCAAUAUCCCACUGUGAACUCACCUAGCAAACUUUCCACUAGUAAAUCUUUAGAGCUUAAGAGUCCCGUGCUGUACAACUCACACCACCAUCAUUUUCACCCAUCCUCAAAGGAGUCAGGUGUGUUUACCUCAAAUGAAGAGCUUACAAGUGGAAGGUCAGCAUGUGAGACUGAGACGAGGAACGAGCCGGAGCAAGAGGCUCCUGCAAAGUGUAUGACAACAGUCAGGCUCCAGUCCAACUCAUGUUUGGACCAGAAAGGUCCAGAAGUCCCCGAACAAACCACAAGUCAAGAAAGAGAGACCUGUAGAGAGCUGCCAGAAACACCUGCCUGCCUCGGAGACUUCAGCUCACAGUCUGAGACUUUACAGCAACAGCACUCUGAAGAAGAAGAAGAGGCGUAUCCUCCUCCUCCUCCUCCUGUCCUACACAGUUCCCCCAAUAGACCCAGCAGUCUGGAUAAAGUGCCUGCUACUGACAGUCAGUCGGAGACGCUGCAAAGCAGUCCAAUCAGCAAUGAAGACAGCAAAGAAAUGGAUUCAUUGGGCGAGUCAUCCGAAUGUAUCUCACAGGACAGCAAGGAGGAGUCCAUGCCAGACAUGGAGGACUAUUUUAGUAAAGACUCCACUCUCAGUGACAGCACUGUGUCCUCAGUGCAUGAUGAGUCAAGGCCAGAGGAUGACACCGUGUUUCUGUCCCCCACUAAAUCUCGCACCACUGAGGAUUUAUUCGCUAUGAUACACAGGUCUAAAAGGAAAGUGUUGGGGAGAAAAGACUCCGCCGAGUUGGGUGUGAGGAACCGCCUUGGUGGCGCUUCAGGGAACACACCACCUAACAGCACUGCAAGCUCCCCUAUCUCUGUGGCAUCACCCUCCUCUGCCGUGACCCCACCUGGCCUGCACAGAGUCCCCGUUCCAAUCUACAGGAACGCAAAAAAGUCCAGCACCUCCAACGAGGAGUUCAAACUACUGCUGCUUAAAAAAGGAAGCCGCUCUGACACUAGUUACCGCAUGUCAGCUACAGAGAUCCUCAAGAGUCCCAUCACCCCUAAAUCACUUGGAGACACUCUAAUGGAGUCACCCAGACACCCCGAUGACAACAUGUUCCCUCAGCAGCAGCCCCAAUCAGGACAGGACCACCUUUCCAGCCCCUACUUGAAAACCAACGCAGAGGGCUUUUCACCGAAAUCCUUCCAUACAUCUGCAGCCUCAAGGCAGGGACGCUCCAGGAUCCCACCACCUGCCAACAGCAGCCGCUACAGCAUGCGCAGCAGGCUGUACUCAACGCCCAUGCAGGCCAUCUCUGAGGGUGAGACGGAGAACUCGGAUGGGAGCCCUCAUGACGACCGCUCAUCGCAGGGCUCCACAUAAAAAAAAAGCAAUAAUUAAGUAAUUUUAUUAGUUUACAGCAAACAGACAAACAAAAAAGAUGGACCAGAAUGAGGAGAGAAGGAGAGGAAAUUAGACAAACAUGAACAUUUUUUAAAGAAAAUCAUAAAUUUAGUAAUUAAUAGUGUUUUAUACAGACUGCAUUUCUAAGAAAACAUCUUUAUGAAAUGAACAGUUGGCUCUAGAAACUUGAUUGUUUUGCGUCUGCAUUAUAUGGAAAAAUAUGAUUUACAAACCGGAAAAUCUUCUCAGUUCUAAAUUUAAAGGGGGACCUAUUUUUCUUUUCCUGAUUUUCUAUCAUAUAUGUAUGGAAGCCCGUUUCCGCACAAGAAAAAAAAAAUCCAUAACUCGAGUUAUCUUUCUCGAAAUUUCGACUUAUUAACUCGAAAUUUUGAGAAAAGUAACUCCAAAUUUAGAGUUAGCUCUGCCAAUCAGUAAUCUACGUGAAUGACGUCAUUUUCUUGUUACCCGGAAGGAUAUGGCGCAGAGGAAUGCGGACUCAAAACCGGAUCGCAACAAAUUGCCGCUUUGAAGAGUACGUUUGCUGAUAGUAACGCCAUGUGAUUCAGCUAAUAACAAAAGGAUUUCAUCAUUUGUGAAGCCACGCUGAAAAUACUCAGCAAUUUGUGCAUUCAUGACUGGCUGUAAUACUGGUAGCUUAGCUGUAGCAUUUGUAGCUGAGGGCUUCAGCUUCCGGGUAACAAGGAAAUGACAUAAUUCACGUACAUUACUGAUUG